CCUCAAACGUCCGGAAAUCAGAUGUCACAACCACAGCCUCCUUAUACUCUUGGUCUGAGCCCCUAUAAUCAAUAUAGUGGAAUUGCUAAUGGUAUGGCAUUGAGUACAGGCGGAAUUGCAGCUCCACAAUAUAUGUCACCCGGUUAUCCUCAAUAUAACCAACAGGCUCAUUUGAACCAAUAUGCAACACCGAAUAAUACUUAUAUGCAACCAGCCACAGCAGGUUAUUGGCAACCCUCGAACACUACUACGAACGGUAACAAGGUUCCACAAUAUCCAAACCAAUCACCCGAAAAGAAAUAA